UCGGUAGCCAUUUUGAUACAAGUUUAAGUAAACGAAGCGAGGUUAUUCCGUUUGUAAUUUCUAAGUAAAUUAUACCUGUGUUCAGUUGGAAAAUACACAGUGAACAUUUUAGCGCAAUGAGGUUCGGAAUUUGCAUAAUUCGAUGAGGUAAAAACUGAAAGAAAAGCAGUUAAAUUGGAGCACGGGAAUCGAGUGACUGGCAUUAACUGCGCGAGCGCGGCCGUUAGGAAACCUCCUCCUCUCUGUGGACUUUAAUCAUUAACAGUUUAAUUUCAUGGGAACGCGAGCAGCUCGCAUCCUGUAUUAAACACGUUCAGCAUGGAGACGUGCUACAUUCGCGUGGCUGAAGAUGAGAAUGAGGAACCGAUGGAGAUUCCCUCGGAGGAGGAUGGCACUGUGCUCUUAUCCAGCGUCGCUGCUCAGUUCCCCGGUGCUUGCGGCCUCCGGUACCGGAGUCCGGUGUCUCAGUGCAUGAGAGGGGUUCGCAUAGUGGAAGGAGUGUUGCAUGCACCUGAGGCAGACUGGGGAAAUCUGGUGUACGUAGUGAACUAUCCAAAAGAUAAUAAAAGAAAGAUGGAUGAAAUGGAUGCUGCUUCUGCUGUAAAAAUUAAAAGAGGUAUUCAGAAAACAUCAGACCUGAUCGUUCUUGGUUUACCAUGGAAAACAUCUGAGCAAGAUCUGAAAGAAUAUUUUGGCACAUUUGGAGAGGUGAUAAUGGUACAGGUUAAGAGAGACGCAAAAACAGGAAAUUCCAAAGGUUUUGGCUUUGUAAGAUUUACAGACUACGAGGCACAAAUUAAAGUCAUGUCUCAGCGGCAUAUGAUUGAUGGAAGAUGGUGUGACUGUAAGCUACCUAACUCAAAGUAUUUCAUGGAACAGGCUGGGAUAGAUGAGCCUAUGCGGAGUAGGAAAGUGUUUGUGGGGCGUUGUACUGAGGAUAUGACUGCUGAUGACCUUAGGCAGUUCUUUAUGCAGUAUGGUGAAGUCACAGACGUCUUCAUUCCCAAACCUUUCCGGGCGUUUGCAUUUGUCACGUUUGCUGAUGACCAGGUUGCACAGUCCCUGUGUGGUGAGGACCUGAUCAUAAAGGGCACCAGCGUGCACAUCUCCAACGCAGAGCCUAAGCACAAUAAUAUUCACCACCUCUUUUCCAAUUUCCCGGGAAGACACCCUGCGUUGGCCUCAAUGUUCGAGCGAGCUCGGUAUUACUACCAUACUUCCCAUGUGUAAAUGCUUUGCCAUCAAAGAACACAGCUUCACUCUUCAUUUACUGUGUUAGACGGUGGGUGUUUUCUUUUUCUCCCCUUUUCAUGGAUUAAUCUGUCCAGUAUGUACCGCUUUUGAGAGCGAGCGAGCGAGUGAGAUGGUGAUGGAUUGUUGGUGGGCCAAGAAUGAGAGACUGAAUGAGCGAACAGACUGAGAGAACGUGAACGCAAGUGUGAAAAGAGCUAGUUGUGCUGUGAGAGAGAAAAAAACAAGAUGACUGGAAGAUGUGAGAAGAACCUGUGUGAGCGAGUGUGAACAGCAGCAGCAUGUUUUCUGUCACAUCAGAUGGACUUUCAUUCUUAUUCCCCUUUAAUCUUCCUUCCUUCCUUUUCUCAUAUAAUCAAGCUUCUAUAGUUACAGAAAAAAAAAUAUAUGUAUGUAAGUAGUGGAAUGUCUAGCUAUCCAAGUAUAUGUAUAUUAUCUGUAGUGAAUGCUUGUAUUGUGUGCGUGUGUGUUUGUGUGAUCUAUCUUUUCUCUUUUGUUGACAUCUGAGUGUGAAGUGUGGGGAUGGGCAGUUAACUUAAACUAACAGUUUCAAUUGGUCUAAAAAACCAUUUCAAAACUUAAUCGAAACCAGGCUCUGUACCCAGCCAGUGAUCUUUGUACUCGGUGCAGCUGAGAUCAGAAUAAAAGCCUGUACUUCAGAUAAAUAAAUUAGCAUUUGAAUACAUGGAACAUGUAAGAGUAGUGUUGAAUGUUCAGAAAAGUUACACCCUUCAAAUCAACACAAAAUACACUUACCAGUACAUUUGCAGUGUUUAGCUACCUGCAUUUAUUUGUGGCAGAAUUCCGUACUUUGUUUUACCUGGACAUAGUGCCUUUCAUAGUCUAGACCCCAUCAUGGUACUUUGUGUCUUGUGCAUGUAUGAACAGGAAGCUUUCUGAGACAAAAGCAAAGACUGAAUAUAUUGCUUUCCCUUAAUAGGUUAAACAUACUAGUAAGAAGUUUUAUUUACUUCAAGAUUUGGUCAAUGGGGUCUCAAUUGUAAUCCUAGGUAAAAUGGGCAACUAAAUGUUCUUCUAGAUCAUUUUUUACUUUUAAGUAUAUGUUAGAAUGAUUUGAUAUUCCAAUCAGGAAUUGGAAACUCCUAUAUUUGUGUGGAAAAUAUGAAAGUUAUCUUUAAAAUAUAUUUCUACCAGAGUACACAAGCAAUACCUGAAUGCAAGAUUAAAUGAUUUAAUGAAAAAAUAUAAAAUGGAUUUUUAGUUAUAGAACUAAACAUGCCCAUCCCUAUGGUAUGAGAAAGCACUAGAGGUGGGAUGAGGGGGAGUGUGCUAGUAUGUGAGCUUUUGAGUGUCUUGAGGAGUGUUGUGGCAGUGAAUGUUGAAGGAUUCCUACAAAGAUGUUGCAUUUGUGAACUGUUUAAAUGGCAUUUAUGUUGUGUCUCAAAGGAAACUCUCAAAUAAAACAAGUUUUCAAAACA